GACCGCAUUAUGGUGUACUGGACCCAUAAGAACAAAACAGAAAAUAAAGACCUAAUCGUUAGUUAAGGACUAAAACAAAGAUAAAUGCGUUACUUCUUUCCAUCUUAAAGGAGACGUUGUUUCGCUUUCUUUUGCGUCCCCCAAUUAUUAAAGUUACAAUCAGAUAAUUUACACCGGUUAUGAAUGGGUGCUUUCCUCCAAGUCCCGCCCCUUCCGUCCCCACACACGGACCAAUCAGCGGCGCCGCUUCCUCUCGGUGGGACGUAACGUCAACUGGCGUCGUGUCGGGAUUGGAAUGCUAGCGAGCAACAAUCGGAACAACUGAGCACUCGGUAAUUGGACACUCCGUCUGAGGAAUCCUGCAGUUUUUUCCCAGCGAGUCGGUCCAGUUUGAGGCUGCCGCUCGCUCCCCUCUGCUCGGCCGGAUAACUUCGCCCGCUCCGCCGCUCUCUUCCGACCAUGUUCUUUUGAUAUUUGUGAGGGAAUGAGCGGAGGUGAUAAAUAAGCAGAGAAAUGCAGGGAUUUGUCAGGUUACAGUUGGACCGCUGAAGCGUCUCCCGGUGUUUUUGAUUCUUCCAAACCGGGCACCAUGGAGCGAUAAAAGGACAACAUCCAGCCGAAGAGGCGUUCACACCGCCGGGGAUUCUUUCUUUCUUUAUUCUUCUUUUUCUUUUCUUUUCUUUUUUUUUUCUUUUUUUAUUCUACUCGGUGUUCAACAUCCAACCUUCACGUCUGGGAGAGCCUCGGGGACCCCGGUCGCUGGCGCUCCCGCCUGGAUGAGGGGAAGCGGCCGCAGCGCAGAGGCUCCGGACAGGUCUUUGUCGGUGCGUCGCUGGAUGUGGUGAAACUCCACAAGCGGCGUACAAAUCGCCCACAUGCGCUGGAUCAAUCGCCGGAUCUCGGAGCACAACACGAAGAAGGGCGGUUGGGGAUGGAGCGAUGCAGCCGGGGCUGGUGAGAGCCUAACUUGGGGCCACUUUAGCUUUGUUAUUCCUGAGCAAGUCGCCUCUGUUCCCGGGACACAUGCAGGCCAAAAAACGCUACCUGAUCCUGCUGUCCGCCGGAGCGUGCCUGGCGCUGCUCUUCUACCUCGGAGGGGUUGAGCUUCCAGCGGCCAGGAGGAGCCGGCAGGACCGCAGCAGGAGCGGGUACCGGCCCGAGCAGCCGUGGCCCCACUACUCGGACCCUUUACACGCCUUCCUGCCCUGGGAUCAGACGGACACCGAGGAUUACAACCUGCACAUAUCUCCGACGCAGAAGCGGGACGUGAACAGGAGCGUUUACAGGGCCAAGCGGUGCCGCAUGGAUUCCUGUUUCGACUUCUCUCUGUGUCAGAAGAACGGCUUCAAAGUUUAUGUUUACCCCCAGCAGAAGGGGGAGAAGAUCUCGGAGAGCUACCAGAACAUCCUAUCCACCAUCGAGGGCUCCAGGUUCUACACCUCCGACCCGGGACAGGCAUGUCUGUUCGUCCUGAGUCUGGACACUCUGGAUCGGGACCAGCUGUCCCCUCAGUACGUCCACAACCUGAAGACUAAGGUCCAGAGCCUGCCUUUGUGGAACGACGGCAGGAACCACCUCAUCUUUAACCUGUACUCCGGAACCUGGCCGGACUACACGGAGGAUCUGGGCUUUGACAUCGGCCAGGCCAUGCUGGCCAAGGCGAGCAUCGGUUCUGAGAACUUCAGGCCCAACUUCGACGUUUCCAUUCCGCUCUUCUCCAAGGAGCACCCUCGGACCGGAGGGGAAAGGGGUUUCCUGAAGUACAACUCCAUCCCGCCUUUUAGAAAGUACAUGCUGGUGUUCAAGGGGAAGCGCUACCUGACCGGGAUUGGCUCGGACACGCGGAAUGCCUUAUACCACGUCCACAACGGGGAGGACGUGGUGCUGCUCACCACCUGCAAGCAUGGGAAGGACUGGCAGAAACACAAGGACGCACGGUGCGACAAGGACAACGCGGAAUAUGACAAAUAUGACUACAAGGAGAUGCUCCACAACUCCACCUUCUGCUUGGUGCCCCGCGGCAGACGUCUGGGCUCCUUUCGGUUCCUCGAGGCGCUGCAGGCUGCGUGUGUGCCAGUGAUGCUGAGUAACGGAUGGGAGCUUCCUUUUUCUGAAAUCAUCGACUGGAACACCGCCGCAGUCAUCGGCGACGAGAGACUCCUCCUGCAGAUCCCGACCACGGUGCGCUCCAUCCACCAGGACAAGAUCCUGUCGCUCAGACAGCAGACUCAGUUCCUCUGGGAGGCGUAUUUCUCCUCUGUGGAGAAGAUAGUGCUGACCACGCUGGAGAUAAUCCAGGACCGAGUGCUGGAGCACGGCUCCAGGAGCAGCCUGAUGUGGAACAGCCACCCUGGAGGCCUGUUUGCCUUGCCGCAGUACUCCGGAUACCUGGGAGACUUCCCCUUUUACUACGCCACACUGGGUAUUAAACCGUACCCCAAGUUCACUGCAGUCAUCCACGCCGUCUCCCCGCUGGUGUCCCAGUCCCAACCCAUUCUCAAGCUACUGGUAGCUGUGGCCAAAUCCCAGUACUGUGCUCAGAUUAUCGUCCUGUGGAACUGCGACAAGCCGCUCCCGGCCAAACACCGCUGGCCCGCCACCUCCGUGCCCGUCAUCGUGAUCGAGGGAGAGAACAAGGUCAUGAGCAGCCGCUUCCUGCCGUACAAGUCCAUCGUGACCGACGCUGUCCUCAGCCUGGACGAAGACACCGUGUUGUCCACCACAGAGGUGGACUUUGCUUUCACCGUCUGGCAGAGUUUUCCGGAGCGGAUCGUGGGUUAUCCGGCCCGCAGCCACUUCUGGGACAGCAACAAGGAGCGCUGGGGCUACACCUCCAAAUGGACCAACGACUACUCUAUGGUUCUGACCGGCGCUGCCAUGUUCCACAGGUACUACCACUUCCUGUACACCCACUACCUGCCCAGCAGCCUGAAGAACAUGGUGGACCAGCUGGCCAACUGCGAGGACAUCCUGAUGAACUUCCUGGUGUCGGCCGUCACCAAGCUGCCGCCCAUUAAGAUCACACAGAAGAAGCAGUACAAGGAGACCAUGAUGGGGCAGUCUUCACGGGCGUCUCGCUGGGCCGACCCGGACCACUUCGCCCAGCGGCAGACCUGCAUGAACAAGUUCGCCAGCUGGUUUGGCGCCAUGCCGCUCAUCCACUCCCAGAUGAGGCUGGACCCCGUGCUCUUCAAGGACCAGGUCUCCAUCCUCCGCAAAAAAUACAGGGACAUCGAGAGGCUCUGACAGGACCGCCGCCCCCUCGGGGGGGACUCCACGCAGGGGGAGGCGCGCGACAGAGACUCCGUGGAGAGCCGGAGGAGCAGCCGGACCACGGCCGGAUGGGCGGGGAGAGACGGCGCUCUGUCUUCCACUCAGCACAUGGCCAAUGACCACAGCGCCGCCGCCGCUGCUCCCCGGACCUGAUCCGGACGGGAAUCAGGAGGAAACAGAAACAAUGCAAACAGAGACACAAACAGAACUGGAUGUUUCACACGGCGCGCACUACUGACGACACAAAAAAAGAAACUGUGGGUUAGAAUAUUUUUUUGUACGAGGAAAAACCCUGGAGGACGUCGAGUUUCCUGCUUUCUCCGCACAUGUGCAGGAUGGUAGAGGGGAGGGGCGUUUGAGCGUUCCUCAUCCGCAUCAGGACAUGAAACCGGACCCGACAGAGAGAUCCGACUCCUGUGGGUAGAAGCUGUUCGCACACAGAGCUUUAGUUUAGUUUGCUGGUGUUCUCCCGACACACCGGAGAGACGGUCUCCCAUCACCUGUUCUUCAAAUUAAACUGAUUUCAAAGAUAUUAAUAAGUGGAUCCAGAGGUCAUCAAAGGUCAACAAACCUGGAAAAAUCAAAUGGAAUAUGGUGUCACUUUGUGCCAUUAUAAUAUUUAAGAUUUAAAAAAAAUAAAAGGUCACCAGAGAUCAACCUGCCCAUAUUAAAGGUGACCUAUUACGCUUCCUUAAACAGGUCAAUGGCCUAUACAAAACAUUUUCACACAAAAUCCAGAUAAGCUCCUGAUGGCCACGCCCCCAAAACUUAAUGCCUCCAUUAGAAACUGUCAAUAUUCUGCUAAUGUGGGAAAAACACAAUUUUGCAAUUAAAAUCCCAUGUGAAUAAGUUUGUCAUGACACUCGUGUUUCCAAAAACGUGUUUCCAUUGCAGUUUUGCAAAUUAAAAAAAUGUCCUAGCACCAAAACUUUUUAAUCGACAACAGGAUUUUUUGUAAUUGGCGUGUUAACAUUAAGCAAAUACAUUUUUGAUGUGUCAAAAUGUGCAAUUCUACAACCGUACAUCUUUGAAAAACAGAAGUGGCGCCUCCUGCACAACCAACAAGAAUGCCAGUAGUGAUUUCUUGACGGAAGGUCAAUAACAAAGCACUUUUUUUCUCAUUUUCCAGCAGCCAUUGUACAGCGCAUACAGCGGUUAGACCUGCUGAACAAAUGUGCUGGAGUUCCAUUUUGGUUGCUAGGUGACAGGGCAGCGUCUGCAUUCCGUAGGAUUUUAAAACUGCUCAUUUUGAUUUUUUUUAAGUGCUUUGGCUGAUAUUAGAAGCAGUAGAAAUCAUGAUGGAAGUAGAAAAACUGAAUUUUGCAUAAUUAUCAACAAAACUGAUAAAAGUUGCGCCAUGUUUGUGCAGCUAAAAAUAGCAGCACAUUUGAUCGAUACCAAAUUUGCUUUUUUUGUAAAUAUUUAACCUUGAAUGGCCUCUGGAAAUAUUAAUCUCUUUAAAAUAAUAGCGGUUCAAAUGUUUUAGUUUGAUUUGAAGGUGGGAUCGGGCCUGGCUCCGGUUCCGUCCGACCCAACAGCCUGCUGGGACGUCGUCUCAUUUCGUGACCCAUUUUCCUCUCGUUUCCGUCUCUCUCUCCGUGGGUUCGUAGCGCCGAACGCCGGCUGCUCACAGCGGAGAACAAACCCAAACCUUUUCUUGCAUGAACACGAUCCUAAUGGAGUAAAGAUUAAUUUUUCAUUUGGCCGCCAUCUUUUCCGUUUUUAAUCAGUGCCAUUCUGACCUCGCAGUCUGCCUUCGUUGUUUACUGCACAUCACGCUGCCUAAACGCUCGUUUUCACGCCAUCUUUCUUUUUUGUGUUUGUUUCCCCUCGACAUAUUAGACAACGUCGGCAGUUUGAUUAAAACGUUUUCUCCUCCAUUCGUCAGGCCUCAGUUAAGACAGAAGAGCUGGUGAUGAAGCAUCAUGUGUGACCCGCAAACUUUCACCUGAAAACUCGGUCCUAUUGGGUUCGAUGAACAGAGUCACAUUUUUAUCAGAUUCUUUUUUAUUUUAUCAACGCAAAAGCCUUUUAUUUACAACUUUCAGCAUAUCAUUUCAUUGUUUUAUACCAUUUUUUACUUGUUUUAUCUGUUUAAUUCAGUGUUAGACCAUUAAGCAGAAUCUGGGUUCAAUGUACAUCUGGUUCUGGUUUCAUCCGAUACGUCUGGAUCCGGAUCAAGUCUUAAAUGUCUCAAGAGGAUUGCAACCAGAACAAACAGUGCCUUGUGAAAGUAUCAGCCGGCUUUGAUGUAUUUUAUAUGACCAAACACAAAGUAGUACAUAAUUUAAAAGUUUAAAACAGAUGCCUGAACGUUUGAGUAAUCUGAAAAGUGUGGCAGGUUUUAAAAAAAAAUUUAUUCAGAGACACAGAAUCACCUCUGACUGCAAGCCUGUUGGACUUUAUUUCUACCAACUUUGCACAUCUAGAGCUUUCCUCUCAGCACUGAACAGAAGUAACCCCACAGCAUGAUACUGCCAUCACCGUGUUUUACAAUUGUAGCUGAAAACGUUGAAUUGUGGCCUCAUAUGAGCAGAAGAUAUUCUUCCUGUUGCAUUUGGCAGAUUUUUUGUGAUUUUCUCUGUUACCAUAAUGAGCCUCAAAUUUAAACUUUAAAGCAGGAAGUAGAAGAUAAGCCACACCCACUUUACAUUUCUGACCAAUCACACCAUAUUUGUUGAAAACUACCUAACUUUGCUUUAAGGUUCUCCACAUCUUUACCCCCUACCCACAUUUACAAUAAAUUAAUUCAAAACACAGGUGGACUAGUUACUAAUUAUCUGACGUCUGAAGGAAAUUGGCUGCUUUAUUCAGGCAUGUCUGCCGCACUUAUCAGAUUUUCUAUUUAAUAAAUAAUUUAGAAACAUGAAUAAUUGUUUGAAUGUGUAGUAGCCAUUUGAACUUCUAUGUUGUGGACAUUCAAGACAUUACAGCUACGACUAUUGGUAUUAAUAUCUUAUUUUAUUGAAUUGUAAGUUUUUAUGCAUAUUUCGACUCAGUUGGAAUGAAUGGAAAAACCUCAUUCUGCAAAAAAAGCUUCGUCACAGCUAACCAUUUCCACUUACUGUCAAAGUUUAAAAUGUCGUCAUACACUUUGGCUGCUAGCUACUGUUAGCCACUGUUCUGAAAUUAGCAUUUUAGCUAAUUUUAACUUUUAUAAGUAAAGGCUAAUUUGAGUAUGUUACUUUAGGUCAGCAUGCUACUGUUAGCCUACAUGCUAUCAUUGUAGCUCUUUGCACAGUAUGCUUGCUACAAUAGUUAGCAACACUCAACUGUUAGCAUAUUAGCUAAAAACACUUGCACGUAACACACUGCUCUGACUUCACUAUUAACUUUAGAAAUCUGCUCAACAGUACCACAGUAUUGUGGUACCACUUUAAUGGUACCACAAUAGUUUGUGGUACCAUUAAAGUGACGAUAAGUACUACUUAUUGCUACUUUGUAGCUGUUUAACAGCAAUCCACAAAUAUAUAUUUUUAAAAAUAUACUAAACAUUUAUAUACGGCUGUUCGGGACAGCAGUCCAGGGUUUCCCCAGAAAAGCCCGGGGUUCUGGGUUCUGGUUCAGUCGUUCAGCCAGCAGCCCGUCGUGUUUUUGAGUUAAACGUUGACAGGAAAUUGGAAAAUAUCACUUGGUAAUUAUGUUAUUGGAAGAUUGAAGAUUAACACCUGAACACCAACUAUAAAGUCUUUUAAAAAGACAGUCAUUAAAAAACUAAAAUAAAUAAUGCUUAGCCUGGCGGGGGCACAAGUAAAGCCUGGAGGCCCGCCAGGCUUAUAAUACACUGAGGGAAACCCUGUAGUCACAUAAAGUGUUUUAUAUCACUAAACUGAUCACACUAACUGCACUUAAUCAUAUUUUCAAAUGUAUUGAUACUCUUAUUGAACAGACAGUGGAGGAAAUUGUAAAACUAAAUUCAGUUUUAGGGGUUUGAAACUUCAGUAAUUGGAAUUUAUUGUGAGAAUAAAUCAAAUUUCUUAACAGUAAACGAGCAACGUUCUGCACCGAUUUCUAAAACUCUUUCUGGGAUUUUUACGUUGUCUUAAAGUUUUCACUCAUGUUUUUUUUGUAUAUAUAUAUAAUAUUAGCUUUUUGCAGGACAUUUCACAGUUAUGAGUUACUUUGUGUUGGUUUAUCAUCCGAUCCCGUUGAACGAUGACAGGAUACUUUUCCAAAGCACUGUGUUGGACCUGAGCACAUCAAUCCUGCGUCUCUGAGGGGAGCAGCUGACAUUUGUUCGGUUUAUUUCCUCCUCGCUGUUCACAUCAGCCCGUUUCAUCCGUCACACAAACGGGAAACUUCCAGACUCAUCGCCGCAGCUCUAAUCUCACAAAAGCAUCCACGCUAAUCUAGAUCUGGGCCAUCUCGGCUUUAUGAGGGGGUCAAAUCAUGAAGUCCCGGCACGGAUUCGGAGGCAGCUGGGUCGCUCCAGAUGGUUCAUUACGGUAAUGGUUCUGAUCCGAGUGUGAAAAGCAGAGUGAGGGGAAAACUCCUCAUCGCACCGGAGAGUUCGGCUGCAGCGUCUGGAUUUUAUUUUCAUCUUUUUGUUCAGAACCGAACUCAGAGUCUGUUCCUGAUUUGUGCCUUUUAUCAACAGGAUCCCAAACUUUUAAACAACGGAGGAGUCGCAGCUUUACUCACAAACACACACAGCCGUAUUGUUUUCAUGUUGAACACCGUUACCAUGGUGACAAUGUGCGACAGCUUCCUGUUGAUGCGUGAGGGAAUCAGUGAAGCCUGGCUGUCCUGAUGCUUUUCCUCCCUGUAACUAAGAGAAGACUUUUAUAGAGGCCACAAAUUAAAUAGAUAAAUGACCAUUUUGUAAGAAUGAUUUAUAAUAAAAAAUAAACUCAUAUUUGAUUAUA